ACCGGUUCAGCGAAACCGUGUACCGGCCCGCACCCAACCCAGAUGGACCCGCCGUUCCGGUCCCUAGCGUGGGUUGAAGCCGGACCGGUAUGGACCCCACAUGAAGGAGGAGGUGGUCCACUGGUUUGCGGGUUCGACCCGUGAAAACCACGGAGGCCGCGGAAGCCAAACCCUACGCAUCGAGGCUACAGCGACGGGCGGCGACCGGCGGCCGGCGACCGUGACGAAGAUGCCGCGCGACGGCCUCGCUCGAGGCCUCGAGGUGGAGGCUGCACUCGCGGCCGAGGCAGCGUGGGAACUAAAGGAGGUUGUUGCAUCCAUGGAUGGGUCCUUGAAUAUGGAUGCGGACUCGACGCUGGAUCUCUCCAUCGAGCUCGGCGGUGAUGGAUCGAUCUCCGCUGACAAGAGUCACAUGGGGUGAAGAAAGAGACGCAAGCUCAGUUUAUCGAUUUUGCUCCUCUUGUUUCCCGAUGGAAAUAUCAGCAUUGCAGUAUCCCCUAAAGGAGAACCUUGAAGCCACAGAGAUUAAGGUAUUAUAUUUUUUUUACUUCUCUAGAUAUGCUGUAAGAUUUGUGAACAUGAUGCUCUGAAAAACAUAUAACUUGUAAUGACUGUUCUUGGAGUGGGGGGAUUGUCAGGAACGAUGACACAAUUUUUAGGCUGAAAUUGAAGAGCACGUGGGGACCAUCAACCCAAGCAAGCAGAGCUGAAGGACAACACAAGAAUGUGCUUAGCCACUAGUCUUAUCUGCAUCUUUAAUAGCUUCUGAAAUCUCAACUUGUAACUGAUUACAUAUAAUGUUAUGGACUUAUGGUCGAACCUUUUCGGUUAACGUUGGUUCAGUUUUAGUCUAUCAAGACAAUUCUAAAUCAGUAUUUAUGUUGUAGGGCACUGUCAUUUUCUUUCAUGUUGAUAAUUCAAUUAUUCAUUAUUCA